AUGUCAAGUGCUAAAAAAUUUUUCGAUUUUUUAUUUUCAAAACAAUCAUUAAAAUAUAUGUGUACAACCCAUUUUUGGGGACCAGUAUCUAAUUUUGGUAUUCCAAUAGCAGCAAUAAUGGAUUUAAAAAAAAAUCCUGAUUUAAUUUCAGGUCCAAUGACUGGUUCAUUAAUUUUAUAUUCUUUAGUAUUUAUGAGAUAUUCAUUAGCUGUUACUCCAAAAAAUUAUUUAUUAUUUGGUUGUCAUUUUGUUAAUGAAAUUGCUCAAUUGGGUCAGGGUUUUAGAUGGGUUAAUUAUCAUUAUAGAGAAGAUAAAAGAAAGGAAGCUAGUAAUGUUGUUGCUAAUUAA